AUCAUUAUUUCAAAACCUUCUUUUGUUUGAGUAGAGACUAGAGUCUAUCCUCCCAAACACUCGACCAAAAGACACAACUCUUUCCCCGCCAGAAGUUCCUAAAAAUAUCAAAAUCAUGGACUUCGUUUAUUAGCAUCUUCCCUCCUCGGCACCUCUCCUUCACAAGCUCCUGUAAAUGGCAAUUUUCACUUCCAUAUUUCAAUCCAAGAAAUUCUCUCUUUUCCUCAACAUAUCCUUCCUCUUUCUCCUCUCUCUCUUUCUCAAAGCCCAUCUCUUUUCCUCAACAUCCAUCAUCUCCCAUCCCAGGUUUCUCAGCGAUAUCACCACAAAUGGUUGCACCGGCCUCCAAAAGUACGACGACGUUAAAUACAAGUGCUUCUAUGUCAAGACCCAUAUGAGCUGCAGGCCCAAAGGGUACAUAGGCUAUCUUCAAAUCUUUUACUGCAAUUUUGGUCAAUUUCCUCUUCUGGGUCAUCUUGUACUUUUGUUAUGGCUUCUUGUUUUGUUCUAUCUGUUGGGUAAUACAGCCGCAAACUACUUCUGUUCUUCUUUGGAAAGCUUGUCUAAGAUCUUGAAGCUCUCACCCACCAUCGCCGGAGUCACCCUUCUUUCAUUGGGAAAUGGUGCUCCUGAUGUCUUUGCUUCAAUUGUCUCUUUCACAAGAUCCGGCAAUGGUGCUGUCGGCCUCAAUAGUGUCUUGGGGGGUGCCUUCUUUGUUUCUAGUAUUGUUGUCGGAGUUAUAAGUAUCUUAAUUAGCCCACACCGGAUUUCAGUCGAUAAGCCUAGCUUUAUUAGAGAUGUCCUGUUCUUCCUUUUCUCUCUUUUUUCUCUUGUCCUUAUAAUAGCGAAUGGAAAAAUCAACUUGUGGGGUGCCAUUUGUUUUACUUCUAUCUACUUGAUUUAUGUUUGUGUUGUCUGGGCCACUCAUUUCUUCUGUGGAAAUGAAGAGACUGUGCAUAGCCACGAAAAUAUCAGCGAGAUUUCCAUACCCUUACUAACAUAUGUUGAUGAUGAAAAACCAGUCUCGGUGGAGAAAACCGACCUUGAAGAUCAACAAGAAAAAAUUCCAAGCUUUUUGAAUCAUUUGGGCAGAAUCUUACAUGUAUUGGAGCUGCCUCUUUACUUGCCAAGAAGAUUGACAAUACCUGUUGUUAGUGAGGAGGGAUGGUGUAAGCCAUAUGCAGUGAUUUCGGUUACUUUGGCACCGCUUCUGUUGGCAGGCCUUUCUAACACGCAGAGGGAAAACGUGGGUUUUAGGAACAGCCUAGCGACGUACAUGACAGCAGGCUUGAUUGGGAUAGUUUUGGGGAAUCUUGCAUAUGUGACAACAAAGAAGUCUAGCCCACCAAAGAGAUGCUUGUUCCCUUGGCUGGCCGGAGGAUUUUUGAUGAGUGUUACAUGGACAUACAUUAUUGCAGAGGAAUUAGUUUCUUUGCUGGUUUCUCUUGGGCAUAUAAUUGGGAUAAAUCCGUCUGUUCUUGGCCUAACUGUUUUGGCUUGGGGCAAUUCUCUUGGAGAUUUGAUAGCCAAUAUUGCUAUGGCAGUCAAUGGUGGGGCAGAUGGGGCGCAGAUUGCUAUAUCAGGAUGCUUUGCUGGUCCUAUGUUCAAUGUUUUGAUGGGUUUGGGCUUGUCGUUUGUUUGCUCAUCAUGGUCUGAAUAUCCAUCUUAUUAUGACAUUCCUGGAGACCCUUUUCUCUAUGAGACUAUAGGGUUUCUGAUGGGUGGCUUGCUUUGGUCUCUUGUGAUAUUGCCGAAGAGGAAUAUGAGGCUGGAUAGGUUUCUUGGAGGUGGGCUUCUCACCAUCUACAUCUGCUUUCUGUUCCUAAGGGUAGCCAGGGCUUUUGGUCUUCUCAAACUUCAGUGGGAGCUCCUUCCAAGUCUAAAAGGGUGACCUUUUCUACGGUGAGCAUGCAUGAUAAAGAUUCACUACAAUUAUUUGUCUAAAUUAUUAAUAAUUUAGACACGUAAUAUAAGAGAUUUCAUAUGAAGCCUAUUUGUCCAAAUAGGUAUGGAUUCUUCUAUAUUAUUGUCCAUAUUGUUAGCAAACGAGCAAGUAAUUGUUGUAGAUCCUAAUCCAAUUAAGGAUCAAUACGCUAACCUGGUUAACUUUAUCCGCUCCCUUAAAACAGGGCCUUCUUUUCUAGGGUGGAACUUAAUAUUUAUGUUAUGUGUAAAAUCAAAAUUGCACAAACUUGUUGGCUUACUUAUUUGUUGUAUAUAGUUACUAUACCUACGAAGUUUACCCUAAUUAUUUGGGUGAAGAACUACAAAGUUCACAUAAUGUAAUUAUUCUUAGGUUUCUGAGUAAUGCUAAAAGUUCUUGUGUCCCUCUAAAAAUGAUGUGGCUUUUAAAAUCACUAUUAAGCUUGUAAUUGAUCACUAUUAAAUUUUGAUCAAAUUGAGAUUUUAAAUGCCACCUCAUUUUUGGAAAGACACAAGAGUGACAUAUGAUAAACUUUUAGAAUUA